AUGAUACGAAGCAUUUUGGCUAUCGCCUCUUCGGCGAAAAUCCUAACUUCCACAAUCCCGCGCUUAUUCGAAAAUACCAAUCCAGAGACGAAAAACCGCACUCUCACUCCCUCUCUAGCUCGCUCUCCGGCGGUUCCGUCGAAUUGUUCCAGCAUUCCUUCCCGUCUUCAGUCAAUGGCGGAGAAUCCGAUCCUUCUCUCCGACGAAGACGCCGACGAUCCAGGCACUCCGAUUCCACCCCUCUCCAAGAGGCUCCGUGCCGCUCGAGCGGAGCUCGGCCUCGACCCGGCCCCUACCAUCUUCCUCAUCGACGACGAUCCCUCUCCGUUCAAGCCGGCGCCGAAUUCUUCAUCCGCUCUCUCUGUCGUCCCGGAAACUCCGAUGUCUGAUGUCGCCGCUGCUGGGAGACGCACGGUGGACCUUUCGACUCCCGAAAUUAGGGUUCCUGAUUUCGGCGUCAUCGGUGACGAUCCCUCUCCGUUCAAUCCGAAGCAGAAUUCCUCAUCUGCUGCCACUGUCGUCCCGGAAACCCCGAUGUCUGAUGUCGCCGCCGCUGGCAGAUGCACGGUGGACCUUUCGACUCCCGAAGUUAGGGUAUCUGAUUUCGGCCGUAAGAUUUCUGGAAAUGGCGGAGUGACGCGCUUGGAGCCGGAACGUUUCGAGUCGGUUGAUUGCUCUGGAAGUGGAAAUUGGCGGGAGAAUGAGACGGUGGUAUGGAGGUCUAGGUUCUCUGAAUCAGUUGAUUCACUUGGUGGUGCUAAUCUCAGUCAAAUGUCGUCUGGAGUAAACUCUUCUCACUCAAUGUUGUUAGAAGAUGAUCAGAAUCAGUUACACGACAACCCUGACAAAGAGAAUCUGGAGAUGGAGCAGAUGGAUGGUAUUGUAAAACAGAAAAGGAGAUCCAAGAGCAAGUCAGAAGAGAAAAAUAGUAAUACAGAUGAAGCAAUUGAAAAGAAGAGGAAAGCGAAAGAAGAAAGGGCUCGUUUGAUGGAAGAAAAGAAGCAAAAAAGAGAAGAAGAGAAGCUGCAAAAGGCAGCUCUGAAAGCUGAAGCAGCAGAGUUGAAAAAGCUCGAGAGAGAGAAACAGAAAUGGGAGAAAGGGAAGUUGGCUCUAAAAUCAAUUGUUGCUCAGUUGGAUGCCAAAGUAGUGGAGCAGGCCUCAGUUGGAGGACAUCUUCUGUCCAGGUUUGCUGAGAAAGGGCUUACAUACCAUAUAACAUCACAUCCAAUUGAAAGAUCAAUUAUGUGGUCAAUGAGUGUGCCAGAACAUCUUGCGCAGCUAUCGAUCCAAGAACAAGAUGUACGAUAUAUUUUAUUCAUCUAUGAAGCUGAGGAAUUUUGCAAUCUUGUAACCAGCGAAUCACUUAUUAAACAUGUCUGCAAAGUUCGAAGUCAGUAUCCAUCUUACACAGUUUGCUACCUGACGAAUAAGUUGAUGGCUUAUAUUAAUAAAAGGGAAAAGGAGCUGUACAAGAACCCAGAAAGUGGUAGCUCUUGGGUUCGUCCACCUAUUGAAGAGAUGCUGGCAAAAUUAACCACCCACUUUGAUAAGGUAUAUUACAGGCACUGUAGAGAUGAAGCUGAAGUUGCAGAACAUGUAGUUGGUUUGACAAGUAGUUUAGCUUCUUGCCAAUACAGAAAAAAGUUAACACGUCUCUCAGUUAAUGCCAAUGGGUCUGCUGUCCCAAAGGAUUUUAUUGACAAGAAUCUGAUAAAAAAGAGUCCAUGGCUAAAAGCUCUGGUUGCAAUUCCCAAGGUGCAGCCUCGUUUUGCUGUUGCUAUAUGGAAGAAGUAUCCUACAAUGAGGUCAUUGUUGAGCAUAUAUAUGGACCCCACCAAAACGGUUCAUGAAAAGGAGUUCCUGCUUGCGAACCUGACCGUAGAAGGGGUGACGGGAGCUGACAGAAGAGUUGGUGAAAUAUGCUCGAAACGAGUCUACAGAAUAAUGAUGGCGGAAAGUGGAAGCAUCAAAACUGACGAUGUUGAAGAUGGUGCUGAUUACUUUCAGCGCUAAUCUCCACCUCUUUCCAGGAUUCAAGCAUCACGAACCAAGUCAGAGUCUGGUCCAGGUUACUCGGCGAUGAGGAGGGCGGAAUUCGAGGACAAUUCGAAAUCCUACAGCUUCAACGGCCCAAUGAAUCCUGGUUCAGGUGAGAAGGCUGGUGAUUUUGUGAGUGAGAAUCCAGAGCUGAAGAGGAGGAAGAGGGUGGCUCAGUACAACAUCUACUCCAAGGAAGGUAAGCUCAAAUCUUCUCUCAGAAACAGCUUCAAGUGGAUCAAGAGCAAGUUUGUUGAUGACUACUUCCAGGAUUGAAAAGUAGUUUGGUGUGCGUUUCGAUGUCUUCUUCUGCUUCCUCUGUUUUUACCCCCUUUUGUCCAUCACAAGCUCUCUUUGAUCCAUCCAUCCCUCCCUUUCUCGGGGAGAUGGAGAUUGAAAACCGUCAGCGUCUGUAAGUAGUUCGAUUCAAGCUUUUUGAUCAAUCUGAUGGUUUUUGUUUGUCAUCCUUUUUGAACUCCCACUAGGCAGGACACAUAGCAGUUUAAGUAGCUGCCUGCCAUCAUGAUACUUAGACAUAUCAUGUAGCUUUGUAGUCUGGCAAUACUCGAGACAUUGCUACGACGGAAUUCUCGGUAGGCUGGGUUUGAAUCCGUAUUGUUCCUGUGCUAAUGAAGAAUUCUGAAGAACACAGUACCCAAGCAAUUCAAUACUAGAAGGUAUAAACUUGAAUGGACCAAGUUUAUAUUCUUUAUUCGUUUAUAGCAAAAAAACUUUAACACCCCCCAAUAAGAAACACAAAUGGAGAAAACGAAACCGAGUUUUGUUCAAUCAAUCAAAUUUGUCUGCUACACAUCAAACCGUGGCUUGUUCACGAGGUGGCCUCGAUGAUCAUCAUCGAGCCCGAAGAGCUUGGAGAUCUUGUCAGGAUCAAGAGCACAGAAGUCGAGAGUGGACAGCGACCGGCGGUAGUGCUGCAUCCCCGGGCCAUCUGCAGCAGCGCUGCGUCCCCCACCACACCCAUGAUGGUGAUGGAGGAUGUCAGAGACGGAGGCCUGCAGAAGGGUGAAGUUGUUCUGGAUGUUCUUCGAGGCACUGGGGUGUGCCUCGGUUCGUAGUGCUGACCGGUCCUGAAGCUGCGGGAGACCCACAGGAGAGAAAGAAGGGUGGAUGCGUCCAGCGAGCUGGUUCAUCGUCGGCAGCAGCAGCUGCUGCUGUUCUUCUUCUCGCACUGGUUUCAGGCUGGAAGAGGUACUACUGCUCGUGCUGUUCCCUCCUGCUUCCUGGCUGAAUACGCUUAUCGUUGUAGCUGUGUCUUGGCUGUGUGUUGUGCUUUCUUCCUCUGAUAUCUUCUCCAGCUGCAUCACCACCAGAAUCAUGAGUCGUUCAUGGUUACUUGUUUCCCAAGUUUGAGGUAGACUGUUUUCGGAUUACCUCUUUGGGAGAUUGAUCCGCGUCAUCCUUCCCCAUGGAACCAGUUUGCUUCUUGCUGCUACCUUCACUGGUUUGACCAGUGGCGGCUUUCUUCUUUGGUUUCUUGCGUCUGUUGAUCACAUGUAGCCAGUCAGUAAAUACCCGCCUAGAGAAAACGUGGAUUUUGAAAUGCAUGUAAUCAAGAAGGCCUUACUUCUUGCGAGUAUUGGACUUGGCUGCUUCAUCCUCUGGCUUCUGGAUCACUGGCAGACCAGAGAGCUCGCAUGCCAAUGGAUUUGUAGUGAAGAACUGCAUUUAGAAAGUACUCUGCAUUAGUUUUGGUUUGAAUAACUCACACUGUUGCGACCCGACGGAAUUAUUAUUUGGAUCGAAUAUAAUUCAGAACUCGGCGAAAAAAAGCGGGCUUGAUUGAAUUUGGACCAGACCGAAUCGGAUAAGAUGUGACCUGGCUUUGGAGGGCAGAGGCGGCAGUGCCACGAUAAGAAGGGUUGAGGGAGAGAAGACUGGAGAGGAGGGCAAUGGAGGAUGCUGGGAAGUCCUUGAAGGCUUCUUGGAAGGUCGGUUUGUAGUGCUGCGGUGGCCGGAAGCUCGUCGGAAGCCUCAUGAUCUUCCAGUAGUCCUCUGCCGGCGACCCACACAGCUUGAAUAUCCUGUGGAUUUGCUCAACCUGAAAAAGUUUUGAGGGAGAAAAUCCAAAUAAGUAGAUAAACAUUUUUUUUUUCCAUGAAUGAGAAGUUUAUAAGAUUUGUAUUUCUUUUUCUCUAGGACCACUAGUUUAGUCC